AUGUUUUACUCCCGUGGUCACCGAUCUACGGUGGCCAGGGAGUUACGGUUUACUUCCUCGGCGGGGGACUGGGGAGAAGGAAAUUGUUUCGGCAUCCAUUCUGUUCUUGGGAAUGCGGAGCAGCAGCAACUAGAGCCAUGGACCGACCUCAGCGGCAAAGUGGUGAUGGUGACGGGGGCAUCUUCCGGCUUAGGUCGUGAUUUUUGUCUCGACUUGGCUAAAGCCGGCUGUCGUAUUGUGGCUGCCGCACGCCGUGUUGAUCGCAUUAAAUCCCUUGGUGAUAUCAAUUGCUUCAGCUUUCCUGAACCCCAGUCUAGUGGCCCUCGAACUGUUUCCGUUGAGCUUGAUGUAUGUGCUGAUGGAGCCACCAUACAGAGUUCCGUGAAAGCAACUUGGGAUGCCUUUGGGAGGAUCGAUGGUUUAAUAAACAACGCUGGCAUUAGAGGUCAGGUGAAGAGUCCUUUGGAAUUUUCAGAGGAGGAAUGGAAUCAGAAUAUUAGAACCAAUUUAACAGGGUCUUGGUUGGUGCCAAAGUAUGUUGCGACGCACAUGCGCGAUGCAAAUCAAGGAGGAUCCAUAAUCAACAUAAUCAAGGACUGGUUAACAAAAGUGGCCGAGAGAAAGGUUCCCCCAAGAACAUUCGGAGUACGUAUCCGGCAAUAUAUUCAUCGUCGAUGCUGGGGCUACCUUGCGCGGUGUUCCCAUAUUUUCUUCGCUUUGAGGAUGCAAUCCCCUGUAUAUAAAUAG